UCACGGUCGGGUACCAGUUUUCUAGUUUUCAGUCGUACCGGUGUUGCAGUAACGCACCGACCCUUGGCAAAAAACAGCGUUUGUGGCUUACGGUGGCUUGUGGCGUCAUGUGCGUGUCAUAAGUUGGUGGUGUAUGUGAGUUUUUUUUUUUUUUGGGUUUUUGUGACGGUGUGAAAAGUUGGACUGACGAUGGUUGGAAAAGUUGAUUAUUCAAGUGUUCCAGCGUCCGCGGACCUGGAAAACAACCACAAACACAACAAGUACACGGUGAACCAAAAUUCCGAAAAGGGCGUCCACAUCUCGAAACCCCUUUGCACCCUGAUGGCGAUCGGUGCCGUGUUGCUCGCCGUUCUAGUCGGACUUGUCGUGUUCUUCACCGUGCCACGCGGUGAUUGCAGUGAAAUGAAAAUGGACGCACCCGGAAAAUUGAUGGCCAGCAAUCCAAACUCUAAUGGGGCACUUAAAUCGGACGAAAUCGACGAGAGGUUACCCAGGAGUUUGUUACCCACACAUUAUAGGAUCCAAAUAAUCCCAGAUUUCGACAACUCAAAAACAACAGGAACGGUGACGAUAACACUGAAUGCAGUAGAAGACACCAGGUCCAUAAUCUUUCAUCUAAACGAGAUCAAAAUCGAUGAGGAUUCAGUUGUCGUAAAGACCAAGGAUGCUAAAACUCUCCCUGUCAAAAACCAAGAAUAUAUCGAAGGUCAUAGAUAUAAAAUAACACUGGGAGACACACUAAAAUCAGGCCAGGAAUAUUUAUUGGAUCUGAAGUUUAAUGGCCAACUCAACAAACAUCUGCAGGGCUUUUACGAGAUUUCAUACAACGAUGAGAUCAACAAUAUCAAAAAAAAUGCUGCAAGUACCCAGUUCUCCCCAACAGAUGCAAGGAGGGCCUUCCCAUGUUUCGACGAGCCCUUCUUUAAGGCCCGUUUCACCAUCAGCAUCGCCAGGCCAGCAACCAUGAUCAGCUUGUCCAACAUGCCUUUGAACAACACCGACCUAAUGGUGGAGAAAAAAGAUUGGUAUUGGGAUCAUUAUCCGGUGACGCCGAAAAUGUCCACGUAUUUAGUGGCGUUCAUAGUUGGCGAAAUCGAGACGCAAAGCCCCAAAGACAGCUUCAUCAGAGUUUGGUCGCAACCUCAUCUGCUGCACCAGACCGCUUACGCCAAUGAAUUGGCUCCGAAAAUCUUGAAGUUCUUCGAAAACUACUUCAACAUCUCGUUUCCGUUGCCUAAAAUCGACAUCGUGGCGGUGCCCGAGUUCGGUUUCAGCGCCAUGGAAAACUGGGGGUUGAUCACGUUUAGGGAGAGUAGUUUGCUAUACGACCCCACCACCACAACCAUUGAACAAGAGACUUCUAUCGCUUUGGUGUUGGGGCACGAGAUCGCCCACCAGUGGUUCGGAAACUUGGUCACUCCCAAAUGGUGGAACGAUCUUUGGUUAAAAGAAGGCUUCUCCACUUACUUGGAGUACCUUGGAAUCAAUCACGUGAAACCCAAUUGGAAAAUCAUCGACGAAUUCAUAUCUUCAGAGACAGCAAGGGCCUUCGAUAUCGAUGCCUUGGAGUCGUCCAGGCCGAUCUCUUUCACCGUCACAAACAGCCGCCAAAUCCGCCAGACUUUCGACGAAAUCUCGUACGCCAAAGGAGCCUGCCUCAUCCGCAUGAUGAACCACUUCCUCGGUGAGCAAGCUUUCAAGAACGGCCUGAUCAAUUUCCUGAACCAAUACAAGUACGGCAACGCCGAUAGGGACGAUUUGUUCAGGAGUUUAACCGAGGAGGGACACAAAGCGAAGGUGUUAAACGAGAGCGACACCGUUAAAGUUAUUAUGGACAGUUGGACGGAGCAGCCCGGAUUUCCUGUGAUCACUGCCAUAGCCGACCGCAAAAGAAAAACGUUAACCAUUUCUCAGAAACGGUUCCUGUACACCAGUUCCGAAGAGCAUGAUGCCACGUGGUGGGUGCCGAUUUCAAUAACAACCGAUCUGCAAAAGAAUUUCAACGAAACGAAACCCUCGGUUUGGUUACGCGGGGAAAAAUCAACAACAACAGAUCUAAAUUUCAAUGAAUGGUACUUGCUGAACAUGAACCAAUCCGGGUACUACAUCGUGAAUUACGAUGAAACUAACUGGCGGGCUUUAAUCACUAAUAUUAUGAAACUAGAUCCUUUGAUUAGAGCUCAGUUGAUCAGUGAUUCGAUGGAUUUGGCUCGAGCCAACCUCCUAUCCUAUGAUAUACCCUUGAGAAUGAUUUCUGUUAUGGCUACGAGAGAUAUGUACGUUAUUUUCGUUCCUACUAUGAUUGCUCUGAACAAAUUAUUGUUCCUUUACAACAUUCUGUCCAACACACCAGCUUUCGGUCUUUUUCAGGAGUUCCAUCAAACAAUUUUCAGAAAUACUUACGGACUGGUAGACUUGACCGAUAACGGUGAUGAUUAUCUGACCAAAAGGAUACGUACAGUUGUUCUGAAUUGGUCCUGCAAAAGUUCAGAGUCACAGUGUGUGCACGAAGCGAGAGGAAUGUACAGAGAUUGGAUGGCCACCGGCGGAAAAAAAGUUAUUCCACCGAAUUUGAGGGAAAUCGUUUAUUGUACAGCCAUAAGGGAGGGAAACAGAUUCGAAUGGAACUUUGCCUACGAUCAGUAUUUGGCUACCCAAAUUCCAGCUGAAAGAAACGUCCUGUUGGACGCUUUAGGUUGUACCAAAGAGUCAUGGCUUCUCUCCAGAUAUUUGGAUAAAUUGAUUGAUGAAAAUUCCAGUAUUAGGAUACAAGAUGCUGAUAGGGUUUUUGCCUCGGUGUCGCGUAACAAAAUCGGUACGACACUCGCUUUCGACUUUUUAAGACGUAACUGGAACAAACUGCAAGAACAGUAUGGCGAUGGUUUUAACAUUUUAGCUAAAAUGAUUAAAUCUCUAGCGCCAAAUAUGAACACAGAAUUCCAAUUGGAAGAAUUUAUUCGAUUCAGGGAUAGCAUCAAAGACAAUAUCAGUACGACCACCCAGGCGUUCGACAGUGCCAUACAAAAGAUAAAAGCGAACGUCGAAUGGAUGGAUAAAAAUUACGACAAUGUGGAGAAAUGGUUGAGCGACCACAAAAACAAUUACGACUUUUAAAAUUUACACAGUAUUUAAUUCUAUCACGUAGUUAGUCAAUCCUGUAUAUACAACGUAUAAGACUCACGCGUUAUAUUCCUAUAUUCAACUAAUUGAUAUCACUUGUAUAGGUUUAUAUAGCAUAGUUUUUAUAUUUUUAUUUGACGUUACAAUUGAAGCAUCUCACAUUUUUAGAAGACGUCAGUUUGUGUAUGUGUUAAAUUUUGAAUGCAAUGUAUAUUUUUUAAUAUGUAUCUAAGUGCUACUUAAUUUAUUUUGUUAUUUAUAUUGCAUAAAAUAUAUGAUUUUAAUAUAA